CUGAAUCGACUCGAUCGGUUGGAAUCAGACACAGAGUCGGCUCGGGCAGAUCCGAACCCUCUCCGCUGUGUGACUGGGAGCGCUGGUGGAACUGUUGUGUUCUCUCUCUGCUGUCGGGAAGGAAACUGCAGGAACACGGGACACGGGGUAUUCGGAGUAACACUGGGGUAUUCGGAGUAACACUGGGGUAUUAGGAGUAACACUGGGGUAUUUUGGGGGUAAUAUUAAUAGAGGUUUAGUGAGAUGGGGAACCGGGUGGCCCGUGAUGAUUAUGAAUGGGUUUAUACAGACCAGCCUCAUGCGGACAGGAGGACAGAAAUCCUCGCCAAAUAUCCCCAGAUCAAGUCCCUGAUGGGUCCCGACCCCCGUCUGAAGUGGAUCGUCUGCCUGAUGGUGGCCGUCCAGUUCCUGGCCUUCUACCUGGUGAAGGACCUGGACUGGAAGUGGGUCCUGUUCUGGACGUACGCCUUCGGCAGCUGCGUCAACCACUCCAUGACGCUGGCCAUCCACGAGAUCUCGCACAACGCGGCCUUCGGGAACAGCCGCGCCAGGUGGAACCGCUGGUUCGCCGUGUUCGCCAACCUGCCGGUGGGCCUGCCGUACUCGGCCUCGUUCAAGCGCUACCACCUGGACCACCACCGCUACCUGGGGGGCGACGGCGUGGACGUGGACAUCCCCACCGACUUCGAGGGCUGGUUCUUCUGCACCCGCGCGCGCAAGCUGGUGUGGAUCGCUCUGCAGCCGCUCUUCUACGCCGCCCGGCCGCUGUGCAUCAACCCCAAACCCGUCAGCCGGCUGGAGCUGGCCAACGCGGCCGUCCAGCUGGCCUUCGACGUCCUCCUGUACCGGCUGUGGGGGGUCAAGCCCGUGGUGUACAUGAUGGCCGGGUCCAUGCUGGGGAUGGGCCUCCACCCCAUCUCGGGUCACUUCAUCGCCGAGCACUACAUGUUCCUCAAGGGCCACGAGACCUACUCCUACUACGGCUCGCUCAACCUGCUGACCUUCAACGUGGGCUACCACAACGAGCACCACGACUUUCCCAGCAUUCCCGGCAGGCGGCUGCCUCAGGUGAAGCAGAUCGCGGCCGAGUACUACGCCGACCUGCCGUGCUACACGUCGUGGGUGAGGGUGCUGUACGACUUCAUCGUGGACGACGAGCUGAGCCCGUACUCGCGCGUCAAGAGGAAGCUGAAGGGCGACCUCAAGCUGGAGUGAGAACCUCCUCCCCCCCCCCCCGGAACGUUCGGACUCUCGCGGUGCAGUUAAGUGUGUGUGGGGGGUCGCUUUACCUGAAUCAUUUCAACACGGUGGGGGGGGGGGGGGGGGGGGGGGGGCUGCUAUUAAACCUUUAAACCUCUCGCUUUUAAUCCCAUCGCAAUAAAUCAAUAAAGUUAUUUUUCCUUAAGAGUUGGGACGCGUCUGGAGUAACGUUACGUCUGGUGUGACGAGGCUCUGCACUUUAACCCGUGUGUGUGUGUGUGUGUGUGUGUUUCCACCGCCGUGCCUUGCUUAAAGAACGACAGAGUCGUGAAGGGCGUGGCACCGUCCCUCCAGGGUUCGGGAUUACGGGCGGGGUCCUCCACGUUCCCCGUUUAGCCCCAGUUCCGUCCCACUAAUAAUAAAUGAUACAUCGAAUAAAACCUUGAAAUGAAAUAAC